CAGAAAAAACCACUCUACUCUGCGUCUCUUCAGUUCCCCAAUCCGCCAUUUUCAUUACACAGAGACGAGAAAUCCUCUCUCUCUCUCUCUGCCAUUGUUGUGAAAGCUCGCAAGAAACAGCUUCUGUUGAUGCUCUUACCCAAGAACACCAAGAAAAUCCUCGCAUUUUCUUUCUUGAACUCGUCAGAAAACCAAUGGCGAAACCCACCUUUCCAUCUUCUCCUCUUCUAGCUUUCUUGGCAAUUUUAACACUCAGUUCGUUCAGAAAAUCAGUCUCUCAACAAAGUCCAAGUUACCUUCAAUUCGUGAAGAACGCGACGCAAUUCCCGCCGGAAGACCAUUACGACUACAUAAUUGUGGGCGGCGGCACCGCCGGCUGCCCUCUGGCCGCCACGCUCUCCCAGCAUUUCCGCGUGCUGGUUCUCGAAAGAGGCGGCGUCCCGUACGGCUACCCUAACUUGAUGACCCAGGAAGGCUUCGUCGCCACUCUCAUCGACGUCGACACCUACAAUUCUCCGGCGCAGGCUUUCACCUCCCAAGAAGGCGUCCCCAACGCUCGCGGGCGGGUUCUUGGCGGCAGCUCCGCCAUCAACGCCGGCUUCUACAGCCGCGCCGAUCAAGAAUUUUUCGGAUCCUCCGGCGUGAAUUGGGAUCUCCGGCUGGUGAACCAGUCCUACAAGUGGGUCGAGCGGGCGAUCGUGUUUCGCCCCGAGCUCAAGAACUGGCAAUCCUCCGUCCGAGAUGGUUUGCUAGAGACCGGCGUUGGCCCCAAUAAUGGGUUCACUCUGGAUCACUCAAUGGGCACCAAGACCGGCGGUUCAACGUUUGACAGCUCCGGCCGGCGCCACAGCGCGGCGGAUCUCCUCGGCUACGCCAAAUCGUCGAACAUUCGGGUGGCUGUCUACGCAAGCGCCGAGAGAAUUAUGUUUGCCUCUGCUUCUCCCGGCGCAAAGCCGUCGGCGAUUGGCGUGGUGUAUCGCGACGGAUUGGGGCGGUUUCACCAUGCGAUGGUUCGCCGGAAGGGCGAGGUCGUGCUCUGUGCCGGCGCGAUCGGCAGCCCGCAGCUUCUUCUUCUCAGCGGCGUCGGCCCGAGGCCGUACCUCUCGUCGUGGGGAAUUCCGGUGGUGCACCAUUCGCCAUUCGUCGGCCAAUUCCUUUACGAUAAUCCUCGGAAUGGGAUCUCCAUUGUGCCUCCAGCUCCAUUGGAGCAUUCUCUCAUACAGGUGGUGGGCAUAACCGAUUCAGGGUUUUACAUCGAAGCCGCUUCCAAUGUCGUUCCUUUCUCUUCCCCGGCUCGCUCCGUCUUCAUCCGCCUCCCGUAUUCGCCGCUGUAUCUCACCGUGGCCUCGAUUAUGGAGAAGAUUUCCGGGCCGCUCUCGGCGGGGACACUCCGGUUGGGCUCGACAGACGUUAGGGUUAACCCAGUCGUCCGCUUUAAUUACUUCACUAACCCGGUGGAUUUGGAACGAUGCGUGAACGGAACCCGCAAGAUUGGCGCCGUGCUAAGGAGCCGGUCCAUGGAGAAAUUCAAGUUCCAGGAGUGGCCGGCGGGGAGUGAUUUCAGGUACGUCGGGGCUGCAUUGCCGGUUGAUCCGUCUAACGAUAGGCUGAUGAGAGAAUUUUGCCGGAGGACGGUGAGCACCAUCUGGCACUACCACGGCGGCUGCCUUGUGGGAAAGGUGGUCGAUCGGCAUUUCCGGGUAACCGGAGUUGAUGCUCUCCGAGUAGUCGACGGCUCCACGUUCUCUGCAUCUCCGGGCACCAAUCCCCAGGCCACUGUUUUGAUGCUGGGAAGGUACACCGGUAUGAAAUUGAUCAGAGAAAGAACGAGAUAGAUCACUGAAUUUCCGUGUAGAAAUGCUCCUUUGUCGUACGUGGUUUUCACUUGUCCUUUCUUGCUUUCCUGCCAUUUCUUUGCUAUGUACUCUCUUCCGCUCUUCAAAGUGAAAACUACUUGUAUAGAGUUGUCUUUUUUUCCAUCCGUUCACA